CAAACUACACCCUUUUAUCUCUGAACUCUAACGGCACAGCCCUCGAGAUGUCGAGGUUUGCCACAAUGCCGAGCGAAUCUUUCGUCAUCUGUGACGUAAAAAGCAAUUCCGCACCUGAUUUCGACGAAUGGUUCACGGUCCCGUCGGUAAAUUAUACAAUAUUCUACGUAACAACGAAUAAAUCGUCAACUUAUCCUGAAUGCGGCAGCGCAUGCGGUAAACUGGGAACCAGUGCCUCAAUAGCGCUUCUCAACAAAACACUGCUUACGGAAUUGUCAAGUAUCAACGCAAGCUUUCUUAAGGAAGGGUCUACUUUUAUGAGUGGAAAUGAUGUUGGAGAUUGCCUAAUGAUCGUGGCAGGUCAGGGUUUAGCACAAUUUAUGGAGCAUCUUCCAUGUACAGGUCACUGUUUUUGUCAGCGAGUUAUUCAGCCAUCGGUGCUCUCAACACCCGCUACCACAACUAGAGCGUUAACUACAACACCCGCUACCACAACUAGAGCGUUUACUACAACACCCGCUACCACAACUAGAGCGUUAACUACAACACCCGCUACCACAACUAGAGCGUUUAGUACAACACCCGGUACUACAACUAGAACUUCAACUACUACCACCGAUUCUAAGAGUUAUUCAUCACCUGCAAAGCUAUCUACAACCACGGUGUUUACCCAAACACUAUCUACAAGCACUGUUUCUCCCCCAACAAUUCCAACGACAACGACACAAUCGGCGGCUACAGCAAUCUCCGCCGCGACUUCAUUAAUCUCAUCAAGACCGGCGGCCACAACUAAACAUACGCCUUCAACUCUUGUUGCGACGACUGGCUCCAGUUCCGCAACCCCAGUGGUUCCUACCUUUACAGCAUCAGCCAGUAUUCCUUCAUCUAAAAGUUCAGGUAUCGCCACCACGAACCCUUUUCCAAAUACAACCCAAUGGGUACUGAUCGGAUUGUACGAGUACUUCGUGAUCACAAGGGAACAAACGCACGAAGACGCGGCGAAGUUCUGUCGCGACGAAUUCAAUGCCAGUCUCGUCUCUUUCGCAAGCAUCAGCAAGUAUUUCGAAAUCGUCAAGCCCUUAUCACUUUCUAGCGACAGCUUUUGGACUGACGGCAAUGGUACAUACAGUUCGGGCGACCCAUGCUUGGCGCUCAACGCAAAAGAACGCUCUCUGCGAACGAUUAAUUGCGAAGUAAAACAUCAAAGUAUUUGCACACGAUACCGAUUUGCCAGCAACCCCGCAGAGGCUUUGGCGUAUGCACCGUUCGUGGAAAUGAUCAAAGAGAUGACCGUCAAGAGAAAUGAAACCAAGAUAAGUGAACGUAAAUACAGGAGCGCCGAGGACAGACGGACGGUGGCCAAGGCCAGUGGAGGCGUGGCUCUCAGCCUGUUGCUAGGGGGCUUUGCCCUGGUAUUCGUCAAUGACAUUGUCAGCAUGCUGUCUCGAUUGAUAAGAAACAGGAGUGCGUAGGUCUUGGGCUUUUAUACAGUAUACAUGCUGGGACAUUGCCAUGAAAAUCUUUUCCACCCUCAUGCUUCUCUGAUAUGCGCUGAUUGGAUGUGAUGACAUCGAGUAAUAGGCCACGUUUAGAUGAGCGUUCGAAAACAAAUCAAAUAGCCUCAUUGAAAAGCCAUGGGUAUACUUUUUUGGUUUAUUCGGUAAUGAUUAGAUCCAAACGCCUUUGCAUGGCGAGCUAUUCGAUUAUUUGAGUCGUGUUCUGAGAAAACUGGGCACAAUGCAUGUGCUUAAAGUGUCGUCCUAGAUUAGCCUGUGCAGUCCGCACAGGCUAAUCAGGGACGACACUAUCCGCUUCUAUAACAUUUUUCGUUUAAAAAAAGUAUCUUCUUAGCAAAAAUUCCAAUUUAGGCGGAAAGUGUCGUCCCUGAUUAGCCUUUGUUUCAAUAUGUACACUUAUGUUUUGUUACUGAAGACCACAUUGUAAAAAAGAAAUUAGUUCUUAAUGUGAAUUCUUCAUAAAAUAAAGUUAUGGUUAUUAUUAUAUAUUCAAAUAUGGUAUAAUUGCUUAUGUGUUUCAUUGUUUACGUAGUGUACCUAGUGUAAAAAGUAAAGAUGUUCUUUCAGCAAAACAUUGGUGUUCAAAGAAUAUAAAUCGAACACUUUUUUAUAUAAAUAUCGUUAUAAGUGAAUGCAAUUGAAAAUAUAUGAAUAAUGUUAAUCAAGUAUAAAACUAUCACUGUAAUAUGACGACACGCAUGCCUUUAUGAUUGAAUUACGACGUUUGUCAGGACCUUGGUGUCUCGCAUCUUCCAAAUGACUAAUAAUAUGCGACUCGUGCUUCAAUAAGUGUCUUUUUAGAUGACUGGUUUUAUUUCAUUGUUUGUUAAAGCCUAACAACUUAAUGCUGAUUGCUAGAACGUGUUAUGACUAUUUUUAGCAGAAAGAUGAUAUAAUUUUUUUAAAGAUGAAAUAAUUUUUGGGAAGAUGAUAUAUUUUUUUGAACGCACUGCAUUUUUUAAAACUAAUUUUAGGAAUAAAUUGUGUGUUUAAGUCUAUGACUUUUGUCUUCAAUAAUACUUAUCCAAAAAACAAUAACGUGCAUUUAUAUAACUAACAAGAGUUGUCACCAUAGGAUGACAUAUGCCCCCCCCCAAAAAAAAAACAAAACACAACGCUUUUUCGAAACCUAAACGCAGAUUUUCAAACCUAAGCGUGGAACCCAAGUCAAAGGUCAAAGGGGUCAAAAUUUGUGUGUGUGUGUGUGUGUGUGUAUGGAAAGGCCUUGUCUAUAUACACAUGCAUACCAAAUAUGAAGGUUACAUCUGAAGCGACAUAGAAGUUAUGAGCAUUUUUCGAAACCUUAACGCAAAGUGUGACGGAAAGACAGACGGACAGUGCGAUCACUAUAUGCCCACCUUCGGGGGCAUAAAAUGUAUUAUAUAUCUAUCAAUCGAAACAGUUAUUUGAAGAUAACUGUGCCAUUUAAAUAGUGAACUUAUAAACAAGAGUCUUAAUUGAAAAGAAUAUCAAAUUUAAACAAAAGAUAUCUACCGCAUAUCUAUCUAUGCGGUAUCGAGUAUUUGGCCUAUUUACACAUCUACGUGAGUUUUAUUUUCGGAAUGCUCCUUAUAACGUAAGGAUGAAGCGUUAUGGGUGGAUGGCUAUGAGACUGACAUGCGCACUGGAAACAUAAUAAUCUGAUCACACCAUCGUCUCAAAAUAAUCAGUCCGUAUUCAUGUUCAUACAUGUAUUAAAUAAACUAAGUAGACGCAAUUUAAAAUCAUGUUAUAUAUGUUAUCGAGCGGUUGGUUUGCGACGUGAAAUUGCCUUUGUAUCUAACCGACUAAUAUGGACAUAAGAUAAUAAUUGAAACUACAUACAGUUAUCGUUGAAAUUUACAAUAUUUGUCUAUUUAUUUAUUUAAAAUAGUCAAUUGCAAUUACAUUUAGUCAGCUUUGUGUAUGGUAUGGAAAUAAUACAGCGGUUUCAAUGUUUACACUCAUUCUUUGAAUAACAUUUACAGUUCCAGGUUUCAUACAUUAAAGGAUAUGAUAUAGGUUACUUUUUAUUUAUUAUGAACACUUCUGCAGUGAUUGCGUAUCUCCUUAUCAUCUUUAUUAUUAUUCAAAUCCACUGCACAUCAUAUCUUCCUUUUUCCAUUUAUUAGUAAUGACCACUAUGACCACUGCCGUCGUAAUUAGUUAUAAUCUAGAUUACCAUUUGUCACAUUUAUGUGGCAAUUGCUGCAAUAAUCAGGUAUUAUUUAGAUUUGCGUUAUGGUAAUGGCUGCAAUAACAUGAUAUUUUUUAGAUUUUUAGUAUGACCAUUGUUGCAAUAAAUAUUAUUAAGAUUUAUAGUAUGACCAUUGUUGCAAUAAAUAUUAUUUAGAUUUUUAGUAUUACUAUUGUUGCAAUAAAUAUUAUUUAGAUUUUUAGUAUGACCAUUUUUGCAA